GUAACCACUGUGAACUGGUCUUAUGAGGUGCUGGUUUAUUUUGUACGUGGAGAAACAUCUUCUGUGUCUUCGCAGAUACGAAGCUAAACUGAAUCAUCAAGAUCCAUUUUGUGUAGAAAUAAGUGGUUCCCAGAGAACAGCUUCAAUGACAGAACUGUCUGCACAUUUACCCCAGUUCCAGCAUGGGCAGCUGACAGAAAACUUCCCUGAUAACCACCUCAGCAACACCAAUGAUAACAGUGAAAGACGACGCCAUGAUAAUAGUGAGCGCCGAAGAAAUGACAAUCCUGGGUCUGAGACCAAUGGGCAGCCACAGAACAACAUUCAGCAAGUGGUGGAUCAAGAUGAAGAGGAAGAUGAGGAGCUGACACUGAAAUAUGGGGCAAAACAUGUGAUUAUGUUGUUUGUACCUGUCACACUUUGCAUGGUGGUCGUUGUUGCAACCAUCAAGUCUGUCAGCUUUUAUACACGCAAGGAUGGACAGCUUAUCUACACUCCGUUCACAGAAGAGACAGAUACCAUUGGACAGAGGGCCCUGAAUUCAAUUCUCAACGCUGCGAUCAUGAUCAGUGUCAUCAUUGUCAUGACCAUACUCCUGGUUGUGCUUUACAAAUAUAGGUGCUACAAGGUGAUCCAUGGUUGGCUUAUCAUUUCUUCUCUUUUGCUGCUUUUCUUUUUUUCAUUCAUCUAUCUGGGUGAGGUUUUUAAGACGUAUAACGUUGCCAUGGACUACAUUACAGUAGCACUCAUAAUCUGGAACUUUGGUGUUGUGGGAAUGAUUUGUAUCCAUUGGAAGGGCCCGCUUCGGCUUCAGCAGGCAUACCUCAUUAUGAUCAGCGCUCUCAUGGCGCUGGUGUUCAUUAAGUAUCUUCCCGAAUGGACCGCAUGGCUUAUCUUGGCUGUCAUUUCCGUGUACGAUUUGGUUGCUGUCUUAUGUCCUAAAGGUCCUCUUCGUAUGCUAGUUGAAACAGCUCAGGAGAGAAAUGAAACUCUCUUCCCAGCACUUAUUUACUCCUCAACGAUGGUGUGGCUAGUGAACAUGGCUGAGGAAGAUCCAGAAGGGCAACGGAAAGCUUCUAAAAACUCCACUUACGAUAAACAAGCUCCGGCAAACCAGUCUCAGAAUGGAGAUGCUGAAGCAGAUGAUGGUGGCUUUAGUCAGGAGUGGCAGCAACAAAGAGACAAUAGAAUAGGACCCAUUGAAUCAACACCUGAAUCACGAGCUGCUGUACAGGCUCUACCUAGUAACUCUCAAACCAGUGAAGACCCUGAAGAACGAGGAGUAAAGCUAGGUCUAGGAGACUUCAUUUUCUACAGUGUCCUGGUUGGCAAAGCCUCUGCAACAGCAAGCGGGGAUUGGAAUACAACUUUAGCAUGUUUUGUAGCCAUAUUAAUUGGUCUGUGCCUUACACUUCUGCUUCUUGCCAUCUUUAAGAAGGCCUUACCAGCUCUUCCAAUCUCCAUUACUUUUGGGCUAGUUUUUUACUUCGCUACAGAUAACUUGGUGCAGCCCUUUAUGGACCAGCUAGCAUUCCAUCAGUUUUAUAUCUAGCACGCUUGUUGCUGAUACUUUAUGUAUGUUUAUAUUUGUAGCAAAUCUGGGAGGAGGAGAAACAUCUUUCCCUCAGUUCUCAAGCGAAACUGAAGUUUAAUACUCAAGAUUCUAAGCCUGAAUCAUUACAACUUCCUCCAGUUUUUUGUUUGUUUUUUUUUUUCUGAGACAAGUGCUGCAUUGGGCACCACAUUAAUUUUCCUGUGCAAAAGUGGUUUCUUCCUGAUGGCCGGUCUAAACCGGGUGUUACUGUAUCAGAGUAAUCUGAUAAACGUAUCUCUGGCAAGGACCACCUGUGUGUAAAUGGCUAAUGCUUCCACCAGCAACGUGAUCUCUACCACAGGUUGAUUAUUUUCAAAGCAUUAAGGGUGCUCAGGACUUCCUGUUGACAGAGGAAGCUGACAAAUCACAUGGAACUUGUCCUGUAAGCCAACUCAAACUUCUUCAGCAGUGGUUCUUUGACAGCUGAUUUUGACUCUGCUUUGUGUGAGGAGAGAAGAACUUAGUAGCAGUUCAACAAAGGGAGAAAAUACUGUCACUCUCUAAGCGUGCUCCACCACUUCAUAGCCUCUGUGCCCCGGUGUGCUUGGUUUAGUACAUUAAAACUUUUUUUUCCCCCCACACUGGAUCUGGAGCCUAUUCUGAGUUUUCUUUGUAUUCUCAAGCAUGGAGUGCACCUUCUGUACACCUGCUUCAGUUUAUGUAGCUAUUUGGACUUGGACUGAAUUAUAUGGCAGAAGGGUUCACGAAGUCCUGAUCUAAGAUUCUGAAAGGUUGGUAAACUACACUGAAAGGCAAUUUUGGGACUUACUGUUUGUGUUCUUCCAAAUCGUUUUGCUAAAUCACCACUUCAAACUCUGUUGUUGAGAGUAGCCACUAACAGCAUGGACUGCAUCGUUGUAUGUUCGUUGUAUUGAGAUUUUCAUGAAAUAAGUAGACAUUCACAACAGUUCCAGAUGGAGUUGAGCUUACCAGAUCUAGAGGCCAAAGUGCUAUCAGUAGCACUUGCAAUGUUUCACUGAAAUUUUUCUCUUAAAAAAAAAUAUAUAUAUAUAUGGUUUACGGUUCUGUUGACCUGAAAGUUGGUCAUUCAAUGAUCUAAGACCAAGGUUGAGCAGGGAAUUUUUUUUUUUCUCUGAGGAUACUUAAGUUAUUUGAAACACUAUUUAAUGUUAUGAAGGAACAAAAUCUGUGGCCCUCUUCAAUUUAAUUACCUCUCCUAUGUGGAAAAGAAGACUGGACAAAUGAAAAGUGACUCAAAAUCACUGAAAAGAAGAUAGAAGAUUUUGAACAUCUUACAAAAGAAAGAAUUGAAUCUAACCUUCAAACUUGUAAACUCUAUUUUAUUCUUCAUUUGAAAGAACUCAUGCAUAAUUGCUUGGAGAUGAGGUCUGUAUGAGAUUUUUUUAUUUUUCUUUUUUUUUUCCCUGUAGGCUCUAACUCUCUGAAAUUUUUUUUUUGUUGUUCUUUUUUUUUUCCCCUGAGGGAAGCACAGGGAGUUGGAUACUCUUGAUGGUCGUUCUGCUUUACUUGCAUCUCGAUACUGGAGUCCUUGCCAGGUAGUACAACUGUUAAAAUCCCGACACAAACUCUUUUUGCCCCUUUUUCAUGGGGCUUUGUGUCAGUGCCUAUAGAUUCAAAGGACUGAAACACCACAGAUGCUCACCAACCAUUGCCCAAGUAAGGGAAGAAGGACUAUGACAUAUAAGUCUACAUUAAAACCAAGAAAGAUUUACUUUCUCUGAUCAUCUUUGGAAACAUUUGUCUUUUCCAGUAUGAGUUGCUAACUGCAGCGUUAGCAUAAAAUGUAUUGUCUUGUCUAAAGUACUUUCAUUCAUCUCAUUUGUGUGCUGAUUCAUCUUGGAUAGCAUUAAUAAAGUAAUAUGAAAAUUCCUUACAUUGACUUUUCAAGGCAAACUUGCUUGUGUUUUCUAGCUUCAGUCACUGUUCCAUAUUUUGCUGAAAUUAAGCCUAUCUUAAAACAGGCUUUUUUUCACUUGGAAGAGUCGGAAAGGCUUUUUAUAUGAUUGUAACUUGUUCUUUUCCUGAGCAUUAUAUUUAAGAAAAUUUCCCUUGUGUAUUUUAUUGGGGAUCCUAACUAUUGCUUUAUUGUACAAAACAUGUUUGCUAAGAGUUGGCACCAUUAGCAUCUGUUUGCAUAUCUGAGCUGAGUCUCAGUUAAGACUUGUUAUUGAAAAUCAGCAGUCAUCCUUAUUAUUUGUUUUUACUGUUUUAAAUAUAUACCAUUGGAGUACUGACUCCAUUAAGAGAUGCUUUAGAAUCCAUAGAAAUAAACAUACUUGAAUGGAUUUUAGAUGUACAGCCUGAGGAAGAGUGAUAGAUGUUCAAUGCAAGCAAUCUUUGAACACUAAAUUCCAGUCUUGCUCUUCCUAGAGCUGUUUCUGCUAUUCUGAAUUCUUAAUUUCUGAGCUGGUCUGAUGUUAUGCUGCUGGAUACUAUGAAAUAUGUAGUAACAGAUAAGCAUUUGAAUCUCAAAUUCAGAAGGGAAAUCUGAUUUUCAAGCCUAUUCCAAUAUAUAUGUUACAGUACAUUGCUUAUUACCAAGCCUUACAUACAUUCUCACAAAAGAAAUGUCAAAAACUAUUUGAAAUUUUCUGGAUUGGUCCCCUUACGCUGAGGCAUGGUACUUUGUGUUCCAAAUGAGAUUUGAAACUAAAGAUCAUCUCAGAACUUGUGUCCAUAGGGUGCAGUUAAGAAAAGUGUUCACAUUUGAGUUGUUAGUGUGAAAGUUGUAUCACUUUUCUCUCUUUUGUCUUAAGGCACCUAUCUAAUUUGAAAUUGUGAAUCAUUUCAACUUGGUUAGCUUGGUUUAACUGAAAGAGUUGUGAUAUUUAGUCUGCAUUUUUGAAAGAAUUUGCUAUUAUUAAAUUAGUUGGGUAAUUACAGCACAUUAGACUGUAGUUCUGAAAGAACUAUUGUUUAACCCCAGUAGCUACAUUCAUUUAUUUUGUGCCGCAAGCAGACUAACCAGUAAUUGCUGUGACUUCUUUCCGAUAGUGGUACUUUGAAAUUGAGUAUCUUCUUAGUUUUCUUUUCAGCUUAAAUUAAUGAUUAGCGUCCAUCUUCAGCAAAGCUACUGCAAAUAAAUACAUGAAAAAACAUAGCACUGACAUAUUACAGAUUUGCCUAAAAAACAGCCAUUUUCAUUUCUCUUUUUAGCAUUGAGGAUUUAAUCUGGAGCAAAAAGAUCAGAGAUGCCCAGGAACUGUUAUAGCAAAGGUGUACGAUGCUGUCAUAUCUAUGGAUGGCUAUUAAUAUGACACUGAAAUUCCCAUGAUGUAUGUCAGGUGGGUCUGGAAGGUACACACUUGUAUAUUGCAACACAUUCAGAACAGUUCUUGACUGAGCAGAUAAUUAUUGUGACUUUAAGCCAAGUAUUCAAGGGCUGUGCUCCACUAAAAAAGGCACAUCUGAAUGUGCAGCAUGGAUUCUGGCUUUUUCAGGCUUAGGAGACUGGUGCUUCUUAAAUAUGUGGAUAUGUAUCUGUACUUGUAUGCCCUCUGGACCUUUAGGUAGCGACUGUUCUGACAUUACUGCAGUGAAGAAUUAAAUAUGCUGGACGAUAAACGUUGGGUGGACGGUACUGUAUGAAGAAAAUUCUCAAAAUGCUUUAUUUAAAAAGAGAAUUAUUACUUUUGGCAGUUGUGCUGUUCAAAUGAGUAUAAUGGACUGUGGAACGUGCCUGCACUGUGAUUGCAUCUUUGUGGUAAUCUGGUCAUUGGAAACACUGAAACAUGAACUAGAAUGGAGUUCUUUUACACUCAAAGCAUUUGCUGUUUUCAUUUUUACAAACACUGGUUUAUACAUAAUCUGAAUUGAAUGUGAAUGUUUUUUAAACACCUUUCUGGUUCUUAGUAAGAUACAUUUUUGAUAGAUUACUGCAAAAUUUCCUGUAUUUGUUUAAUUAUUAAAAUAAAAAUUGCAUGGACCCUGA